CCGAACUCAAUCUUUUCCGGAUGGCGGAUGCGCGCCUCGUUGACAGCAAGGCGACAUUCUCAUCGUUUGCGAAUCUCCUCGACACCCGCAUAUUGCGCGCUCUAGCUGAUCUCGGCUUCGCUCGCCCAACGUUGGGCAAACAAAGCAAUCCCUCUUGCACUCGAAAGUAGGAUAUCCUAGCCCGUGCGCGUACGGAAGUGGAAAACCGCGGCAUACUGUAUACCAGUCGUCCAAAAGAUCCUGAGUGCGAAAAGUGUAGUCGCUCGAUGCGGUCCAGGCCACGCGCGCUUUGAUUCUCGUGCCAACAAGGGAGCUUGCGGAACAGGUGUCCGUGUAUCUGAAGAGCCUUGUUGUAUAUUGCGAAAAUCAGGUGUCGAUCUCGAAUGUUGCUUCUGGGUAACGACCCAUCUGCAACGAACAUUACUUUCCGACAAGCCGGACAUUGUCAUCUCGACGCCAUCGCGUGCCUUGGCGCUGAUGCAGUCCAAGGCCCUCAUUGCCACUGCGCUUGAAUCGCUCGUCAUCGACGAGGCGGAUCUGAUUCUGUCGUAUGGGCACGACGAAGAUGUCCGACAAAUCUUCAGCGGGGCAUUCCUUCCAAAGUGUAUCAGUCGUUCCUUAUGAGCGCCACCAUGACCGAGGAUGUGGAGAUGCUCAAGGCCUGACACUGCGGAAUCCGGCGAUCCUGCGUCUCGAAGAAAGCGAGGAUGAGGCAGCGAAUCUCAGCCAGUAUUCCGUUCGGUGUAACGAAGUCGACAAGUUCCUGCUGACCUACGUGAUUCUCAAGCUCAAGCUCAUCAAGGGGAAGUGCAUUCUCUUCGUGAACGACGUCGAGCGCUGUUACCGCCUGAAACUCUUCUUGGAGCAGUUCUCUAUCAAGAGUUGUGUGCUGAACUCGGAACUGCCGCUGAACUCGCGAUACCACACGGUGCAGGAAUUCAACAAAGGCGUGUACGACUAUAUCAUCGCAACGGACGAGAGCGGUGCCGGUGAGAUGGACUCGGAGGAUGAGAAGGAGGAUGAGGAAUCCGCUGAUGAAAAUGAGGGAGACGAGGAUGAUUCGCAAGCGGUCCGUAUCACCGCUCCCGGCCAGCAAGAAGCGAAAGCCAUCGAGCAGUCACAACAAACGCGACAGGAGUACGGCGUGACACGUGGCGUCGACUUUGUGGAUGUCGCAUGUGUUCUCAACUUCGACCUGCCCUCGUCGGCUCGGGCAUACACACAUCGAGUGGGGCGAACUGCCCGCGCUGGCCGGACAGGCAUGGCCCUGUCAUUCAUCUCGACGGGAGCCGGGCCGGACAGCAAACGAAUGAAGGGCGAAACAAUGUCGGAUCAGAGGAAUGACGAGAAGGUGUUUGCGCGGAUCGAGGCCGAGCAGGCGGCGCGGGGAAGCAAGCUGCAGGAAUACAAAUUCGACAUGAAGCAGGUGGAGGCGUUCCGGUACCGGAUGGAGGAUGCGCUGAGAAGCGUGACGCGGUCGGCGAUACGGGAGGCGCGGGUUGGCCAGCUGAAGACGGAGAUCCUAAACUCCGACAAACUGAAGGCCCAUUUCGAAGAUAACCCGAUGGACCUGGACUACCUGCGGCACGACAAGCCAUUGCACCCGACUCGCGUGCAGCCACACAUGAAGCAUGUUCCCAAGUACUUGCUCCCCCGAUUGCGCCCGUCCCCGGCAGCGAGGAAGCGCCCGCGGGCAAAUCCGGGUUCGUCCCGUUCAGGAAGGACGGAGCGCGCGGUGGCACCCGUGGACGCGGCCGGGGCAACGGACGAGGCGGCAACGGACGAGGUGGCAAACGGAAAACUGAUCCUCUAAAAAAGUUCUCCCGAUAGACUGUAGUUGUAGGUCGCGUCUUUAGGCAGUGAGCCCUACCAUCGUUCCUCAUCUUCUGCGAGCGAGUGUGUGUGUGUGUCUUUCGUGUCGAAUGCCACGACCAUGGGAACCCGUGGAGCCUCCGCUCUUCCUCUUGGACACUCUCACUCUCUGAUCGAUUACGGGAUUAGGAUUCACCUGGCGUCAAUGAUGUCCCCGACCUAUACCGAACCGCACGCUCAAUGGUCAUUCACGCUGAUCCAGGACGUGGAGCGGAGUAGUCUAAGCCCGUUUUGUGUUCUGCAGACAGGCACAGCACCAACGGAAUUGAAUUUAUCGCUGACCUUGAGUGGACUAGUAAGCAGUCACGGACCCUUGGUCUCCGCGCAGAGAGUUGCGUUCAGGAUCAGCCAAAAAGAUAAUCGUAAGCGAAGCGGCCCGUUUGGGCCGGCAUGGACGGUAUAUCAUAGGGGCCCCGCGGGACCCCCUUCGCAACUUUUCGCCCAUACCGCCAUCAUGUCCAAGCAAGGAGAAUUCGUGGGUUCGUUGGAUUGUGGAACGACCUCUGUUCGCUUCAUCAUCUUCGACCAGUACGCCAACAUCGUCGCUCAGCAUCAGCUCGAGUUUCCUCAGUACUAUCCCCAUCCCGGAUGGCACGACCACGAUGCGAGUGAAAUCAUGGAGCACGCGAACCUCUGCAUCGACGGCGCCAUGAAGAAUCUCGUCGCUGCGGGCUGGUCGGCGGACAGCGUGAAAGUCAUCGGCAUCACGAACCAACGUGAGACCACUGUCGCCUGGAGCCGCAAGACGGGCAAGCCGCUGUGCAAGGCCAUCGUGUGGACCGACUCGCGGACCAAGAACACCGUCGCGCACUACUCGCAGAAGCUUGAGGAGACGGGGAUCGAGGUGCGCCCGGGGGAGUGGAGCAAGGGCCCGGAUGGGUUGCGGGACAUCACGGGUCUUCCUUUGUCGACUUACUUCUCGGCGAUAAAGCUGCGAUGGAUGAUCGAUCACUACCCCGAUGUUUCUGCCGCGCACGACGAGGAUGAUCUGGUCUUCGGCACCGUGGAGUCUUGGGUGCUCUACAACCUUCUCGGCGGGAACGAGACCCAUAUCCACCUCACCGAUGUUAGCAACGCGUCCCGGACCCUGCUGCUGAACAUGACUACGCUGCAAUGGGAGCCGUCCCUGCUGGCGUUCUUCGGCCUGCGGCCCUCCGUCUUGCCGAAACUCGUCUCGACGUCUGAGGUGUACGGCAAGAUCUACGACGGGCCUCUGAAGGGCGUCCCGGUGGGCGGAUUGAUCGGGGACCAGCAGGGUGCGCUGGUGGGCAACAAGUGCUUGCGGCAGGGCGAGGCGAAGUGCACAUACGGCACGGGUGCUUUUCUGCUGUUCUGCACGGGCACCGACAUCGUCAAGAGCAAGUACGGUCUGCUCAGCACCGUCGCGUAUCAGGCCGGCCCGGGCUCGAAGCCUGUGUAUGCUCUCGAGGGGUCGAUCGCCGUGGCGGGCAGCGCUAUCAAGUGGCUGCGAGACAGCAUGGGCCUCAUCGAGUCCGCUGCUGAUGUCAACACGCUGGCUGCCAAGGAAGAGACUGCCGGUGGCCUCUACUUCGUCACCGCGUUCUCCGGACUGCUCGCUCCGUACUGGGAUCCCGGCGCGGCGGGCACCCUGAUCGGUAUUUCUCAGUACACGAAUCCGUCGCACAUCGCACGGGCGACGCUCGAGGCCAACGCGUACCAGACGCGGGCGAUCAUCAAAAGCAUGCAGCGGGACGCCGACAACGAGCUCAAGGUCCUCAAGGUCGACGGCGGCAUGACCAACGGCGAUCUCGCCAUGCGCAUAUUGUCCGACAUCGGCGGCUUCACCGUCGUGCGACCGGAGAUGCGCGAGUCGACUGCCCUCGGCAGCGCUCUGCUCGCUGGCGCUGCCAUCGGCCUCUUCGGCUGGGAUCUCGCUAAGCCCGAGUCGCUCGCGCAAGUCAACACGCAGGGAAGCGUCGAGUUUGCUCCUGAGCUGCCCGAGGCGGAACGUGAGCUGGGGUGGGCUGGCUGGCAGCGCGCUGUGGACCGUUCCAAGGGUUGGGAGGAGGGUGUCGCUGCCGAGUAAGUUAUCAUGUGUGUUUAUGCUAUGAGCGAAGAAAAAAACAACAAAGUGUAGAGUAGCUCCCGUGAAGAUCCAGGAUUGUACCUCUAUCUUGUAACAGUAAAUACCCUAAUAUUAUCAACAGUGGUAUCCCCA